AUCUAAUUUUAAUCACCUAGGGCAAUUCAAAGAAGUCAAUGUACUCCCUAUUUUUUCAAUUUUCUUCUUAACAAUUGUGAGGAUAUAGCUAGGGAGUAGUAUAUAUAUCACCAUUGUUUUCCUCCACCCAUUGACGGCGAACUUGCAAGACAAUGGGACGGCGGCGGCAGCCUUUCCUCCACCACCUCCACCUCCUCCUCCUCUUGUCAUCGUCGGUUUUGCUCCGGUUGGACACCACCGAAGGCCGCGAAAACCCGGACUACUCAGACGCCCUUUACAAAUCAAUCCUCUUCUUCGAGGGGCAGAGGUCCGGGAACCUCCCUCCCAAUCAAAGAAUGACUUGGCGCAAGAACUCCGGCCUCUCCGACGGCGAUCUCCAACAUGUUGACUUAGUGGGAGGCUACUACGACGCCGGCGACAAUGUGAAGUUCAAUUUCCCGAUGGCGUACACCACCACAAUGCUGUCGUGGGGGGUGCUGGAAUACGGCCGGAAACUGCAGUCGGAGUCGCAACUGGACGGAGCCCGGGCGGCCAUUCGGUGGGCGACGGACUACUUCCUGAAGUGCGCCGGCGACCUGCCGUGGCGGCUCUACGUCGGGGUCGGAGACGCGAGCGUUGACCACCGGUGCUGGGAACGGCCGGAGGACAUGGACACCGUGCGGACCGUGUACUCCGUUUCGCCGUCGAGUCCUGGCUCUGACGUGGCGGGGGAAAUGGCCGCCGCGUUGGCCGCCGCCUCUCUGGUUUUCCGGCGGGCCGAUCCGCCCUAUUCUUACCGGCUUUUGUGGAAUGCGAAGAGAGUGUUUCGCUUCGCGGCUAAGAAUAAGGGCUCCUACGCGGAUUCACUUGGCCAAGCGGUCAAGCCUUUCUAUAACUCUUUUUCCGGAUAUAAGGAUGAGUUAUUAUGGGGAGCAGCAUGGCUACUCAGAGCAAGUAGUCGUAAUAGUAAGGAUGCAAAUAAAUAUUACAAAUAUAUACAGAAACUUGGAGAUGAAGAUUUGCCAAACUUAUUUAGCUGGGACAACAAGUAUUCCGGGGCCUAUGUUCUUCUCUCAAGGUGGGCUUUGCUUGGAAAACGGGAAGAGUAUGGAGAAUACAGAGAGCGCGCGGAGAAAUUCAUAUGCAACGUCCUCCCUUCCCGCCUUUCUUCCAUGUCUUCAACCGCAUACACCCCAGGUGGUCUAAUUUACAAGAUGGAUGGAUAUAAUCUCCAAUAUGUAACAUCAAUCACAUUCUUGAUUACCACCUAUGCAAAGUACAUGGCAUCUGCCAAACGCAAAUUCCAAUGUGGCCCUUCUCACUUGGUUACUCCUCCCAUCCUCCGCACUCACGCUAAAUCACAGGUGGACUACAUUUUGGGAGAUAAUCCAUUGGGCAUGUCAUACAUGGUCGGGUUCGGGUCGGAGUACCCGAAAAUGAUCCACCACAGGGGCUCCUCCUUGCCUUCGAUUGCGAACGAACCGGGUCGGAUUCCCUGCGACGAGGGCUAUGAACACUACUACAACAGCAAAAACCCGAACCCGAAUGUCUUAGUCGGAGCAAUAGUCGGGGGUCCGGAUCACGGAGACGGGUUCAGAGAUGAUCGGACGGACUACAACAAACUGGAGCCCACAACGUAUACUAACGCCGCCAUUGUUGGGCCUCUGGCUUACCUUGCUCGGAAAUACAGGAGUUGAUCGAAUGAAAGGAUUGGCUUUGG